AUGACUGAACAGCCAGCCCGCUAUACCCUCCCAGGAAGUGAGGCAGGCGAGGUGCAGGUGCAUCUCCUGGACGGGGGCAGCUUCAGCUCGGCCACUUUGAGUUUUAUCCAUGCCAACGUCAGCCCAGACAAGUUCAGGCUUUAUGAUUGGUGUUUCUUGAUCUUCCAUCGACCUUCUGGGCGUUAUGUUCUGUGGGAUCUAGGAUGCAGUGAUGAUAAUUCGAUCUAUACUCCCUGGGUGCAAGAAGUGAUGGUUCCAAGCGCAAGACCAGUCGGCCCGAGGGAAAGCUUGACUGUUCAACUAAACAAACUGGGAAUCACUGCCGAUCAAAUUAGCUCGGUAAUUUUCAGUCACGCACAUUGGGACCACUGUCGUCCGAUCAGUCAAGAGUUCCCGAAGGCAAAAUCAUUCUUCGGGCCAGGGACCAAAGCCUAUUGCACUCCAGGCCAUUUUGAAAACGGACAACCAGCUUCGGCUAUUCAAUGGGACGGGAGAUUCUUUGACAUGUCGGGAUUCGCAACCGAGGUUUGGGAAGAACUCGAUGGCACAUGGAUUCCUCUUGGCCCCUUUGACAGGGCGCUUGACUUUUUUGGCGACGGCAGCUUCUGGAUAAUAGACGCCCCAGGGCACAUGCCCGGCAACCUUUGUGCGGCUGCAAAGCUUGAGGGCAUGAAGGAAUGGGUGCUGCUAGGUAGUGAUUGUUGCCAUUCUCAGGCGCUCCUUAAUGGAGAGGCAGAGAUGGCUUGUUUCACAAAGGCGAAUGGUGAGACUGCCGCAUACCUUCACAUGGAUGUUGCUGCGGCUCGAGACACUAUUGAAAGAAUCAAGAAGGCACGGUCUGACUACGGGAUGCAUGUUGCUUUGGCUCAUGAUGAUAGCUGGUUGAUCAACCAGAGUGAUAAGGUGCUCAUGACGCUAUUGAGCGAAGAUAAGAAAGGCGAAUGGUUGGAGCGAGUCAAACAAAAUGUGCGGCCUUGA